AUGAAGGCCUACCGGCUCCUUGCCCUUUUCGCUUUCGACGUCGUUGCAGGUCCGCCGCCCAGGCCAACGCCCGCUGUUCUCGACGGGCAUUCAAGUCGUAGGACCGACGCAGCUGAUGCACUUUCGGGCGACAGCAAGCCGGCGACUAUUUCUGACCACGUAGCUUCGAUUCGCAAGCGAGAAGUCUGCCAAGUCUUCUACUUGACCGAUGAUGAAACCUUGACAGAAAGCGGGCUCAUCGUUGCAAAAGAAGAGGGAGGGCCUGCCUUUCCUGAUGAGUGGAAGACGGCAACUCUAGAGGAAGUUCAAGCAGCAGAGCUGGCCGAGUCCUUUUCGGAAAAGGAGUUUGCGGAGCUCGUUGCUGCUCGUGAGCUGACCUCUCUCGCAAAAUCGAAAUGGUCCCUGGAUUUGGCCGACGUGCGCACGAAGCUGCUGGGUUAUCAGCCGCUCUCGCCAAAAUCCCUCAGAGUAAAGCCUCUCAAGUUGGGCUCAGCUGCUCCCGCGGCCGUCGGCAGCGCCCUCUGGAUGGCUGACGUCGUCGAGAGCUUUAUCAAGGAGGCCACCGUGCUCGACCGAGUCGCAGCCGUCACGUCCAUCGUCCCCAUUGUUGGCUGCGCAGUAAACGCAAGGGCUAGGCUGGAAAAGGACGACUUUGACGGAGCCGACGUUAUAGACACGGCCCUGUGUCUCAUUGGCGACGGGCUUCUUCUGAGUCCCCUUGCUCCUCUCGGCAUUCUCACGCACGUCGUUCGGGCCAUCAUGUCCAUGUUCGAAGCGCCAGAAGUCCCGACACAGGAGAGUGUGCAGCGGGCUCGCGAUGCCGCCUGGGUCAGGUUCCUGGACGACAACGUGUACACGUACAUCUACUCGGAUGCGUACCUGUAUCCGGAUCAGGGCUUUCGGUACAAGCUUCAAAGCUCGCUCGCUAUCGAGGCCAUGGCCAUCCAGUCCAGGGGCGCGCAGAGAAUCGGCGCGGCCAACGCAAGCAGCCACUUUGCCUUGUUGGACGCGAGCCGGUCGGCCGAGGAAAAGGCCGAGAUCAAGAACGGGACGCUGGAGGCGAUUCACAGGAUUCGACGGCGUGUCUCGACCGAGAUUAUGCGCAGGCAGCGCCGGGCUCUGCUACAACUGCCAACGAGGCUGAGGGAGGACAUGAACCUCUCUCUGGAGUCGCUGGUUGAGGGUUACAACAAGAACUUCACCGACAAGAUCACGUCCCGCGAGAUGGUUCGCCAUUACACGCAAGUGAAUUUUGCAGAACCCGGCUCCCCCGAAUCGCCGACGAACAACGCCGGCGACGUGUCUAGGCAGCUAAACGAGAUCGCCACACAUCUGAAAAAUACUCCACCGCCCAUGCCUAGUCUCUUGGAAGUCGCCUAUAUUGCCGGACAGUCAAAGGGCCUGGAAGGAGUCGAUCCGCGGGCCCUGUCACCGCAGCACUUCAUAAGGGAUCAUCUGAUGGGACUGUCGAAGCAGAAGCGUGAUCGGCUCGCGCUCCACCACGCGUUGGAGGUUGCGCGGUUUCUUCAGGGAAAUGUUACCGAGGAUGAGCUCUCCACCCUGUGGCCGUCAAACGAUGUGAAAAUGGUCCGAGAGCUCCAGCUGCUCAUCGCCAUCAAGUACGGGAGGGUGUACGAUGGGUGGAAGGUGAAGUACGCCAGGGAGAGAUUUCAGGGCCCAGAAGCUUUCUUCUUUGACAAGCAGGAUCCUACAGCGAUGCGAUACCUUACCCACCCAGACGUUCUCCCUGUCCAGAGCGAGCCUGACAGCCCGGAAUACCUUGCGCUCGUCAUUGAAGUGGACAUGAGACUUAUCGACUCGGUGCUGGAGGAUCUUGCUCUGGAGGGUAUUGAUAUAAGCAACGCGAGGCUUAGGGUCCACCGACUGCGAAAGAAGUUGCAAGGCCAGAAGUUUGGGGAGGCCAUCAUAAGGGACGCCGUGGCUAGGGGGAGAGGACAGUCUCAACAUUCCUCCGGCGCUGCUGUGCUUCCUGCCAAUGGAACAGUCCGUGCCGCCGUUUGA